UAGGGCAUCUCCUGUGAACGUCUCUGGACUGUUGUACUCAUGGCCACCUUAGAGGAGGUGAGCGUGUUGGGCUUCGAGGAGUUCGACAAGGCAGUGAAGGAGCAUGAGGGCAAGACCAUUUUCGCCUACUUCAGCGGUUCUAAGGAUACUGAAGGGAAGAGCUGGUGUCCGGACUGCGUGGAAGCUGAGCCAGUCAUUCGAGAGGGGCUGAAGCAUGUUACUGAAGACUGUGUGUUCAUCUACUGCCAAGUAGGAGACAAACCUUACUGGAAAGACCCAAAUAAUGACUUCAGACAAAAACUGAAAAUAACCGCAGUGCCUACACUACUUAAAUAUGGAACACCUCAAAAACUUGUGGAGUCUGAGUGCUGUCAAGCCAACCUUGUGGAGAUGAUCUUCUCUGAAGAUUAAGAUUUGAUGACCUUGCUGGACUGUGGUGGCACAUGCCUUUAGUCCCAGCAUUCAGGAGGCAGAGGCAGCUGGACCUCUUUGAGAUUUGAGGCCAGCCUGUUCUACAAAUUGAGUUCCAAGACAGCCAGGGCUACACAGCAAAACCCCGUCUGGAAAAACCAAACCAAACCAAAAAAGUCUGAUGACUGCAAUUUUGUAUUGAUUGCCUGGUUCAUUUAAAAGAA